AUGAAAACAGAAGGGUAGGCUGCGGAAAAGCCUCAGUUUUUUUUUCCCGUAAAUUUCUUUCUCUUUUUCGGUAUCUUCUUGAGCCUGCUCGUUUCACUGACUGUUCAUUUUGAAAGGGUUUCUUUCAGUGUCUGUAUCGCUAAAGGUCGAAACAAUGGCUUUCUUAGGUAAAUUUGGGAGUAUAUUUAGGCAGACCACAAGUAUGCAGGUCGAUUCUCUGUUGUCUGCAACAAGGCCAGGGCUCUUUCAAGUAUUUAGAAGCAUGUCAACAUCACCAAGCUCGAAGCUUUUUGUGGGAGGUAUUUCUUACCAAACUGAUGAUCAAAGUCUGAGAGAAGCUUUUAGCAAAUACGGUGAAGUUAUUGACGCAAAAAUAAUUGUGGAUCGAGAGACGGGCAGGUCGAAAGGAUUUGGCUUUGUCUCUUACUCUAGUACUGAGGAUGCCUCCAGUGCAAUACAGGCCUUGGAUGGACGGGAACUCAAUGGCCGUCAAGUAAAAGUAGCCUAUGCAGCUGAAAGACCUCCUCGCAACUUUGGAGGUGGAAGUUUCAAUAUUGGUUAUGGUGGCGGAUACGGUGUUGGUGGCAGCUACAGAGAUGAUAGUGGGAGCUAUGCCAGAAACAAUGAUUUAUCUUCUGGAAAUUAUGGAGGUAAUAUUGGAUAUGGUAACACUGGUGGUGGUGGUUAUGGAAGUCAAGGAAGUUAUGGUGGUGGUAACAACUAUGGAAGCAAUUCUGAUCAAUCUGGUCCAAACAAGUACGAUGGUGGGAAUCUCAAUGGUGAUAGUUUUGCCACCGGUGGUUCAGCCGGAUUCAGUGGCAGUGACGAUGGGUUCAAAGUCGAAACAGGAGGAGAUUAUGUGGGGAAUGGUGCACGCACUGAGAACACAAGAGAUGAAGAGUAUGAAACCGUCGACUUUGCCAAAAGGGCUUGAACUUUGAGAUCCACCUUUGUUCUUUAAUGGUGGAUUUGUUUUGAUCUUUGUUCUCUGGUCCUACUACUAUUGUGCUGAGAUCUUUUAGUCCACUGCCGUUACAUGUUUUUACUGUAUAGUUAACAUUAUUAUAUUUUCUGUUGGCAUUAGCAGUCUGACAGAAGACAUAGUAGUCAGUCAUCAGGCUGCAGCAUGAGACA